UCCCCAGCUGAGCCUGCCAGCCGGACAUGGACCGGCCCUGCCAGCCGGACAUCAGCCAGACAUGGCGAUAAGAAGAUCUCACAAAGAACGAUAACGGAUACUAUAAAAACUGUGCAAAAUGAAGACGUAUCACAACUCUUCCAAUUGACGUUUUUCCUUUUGAGACCUGUUGGCGGAAGAAGAGUAAAAAUGCGUUUCGCUCUUCUCGUCGCGACUUUGGCUGCUGGAACCUUGGCGAUCGACGUGGACACUAUCGCUCUACCAGGCUUCCACUACAGCGUGUUUGGACUUCCAACAAGAGAGGUGGAGUUCACCCGAGGAAAAGUAGAGGGUCUCAGCAAGUCCCUGAGGAUUGCUCACAGUUGUCACGGUCGUGACAAUUGCCACGUGUCUGUCAACGGGCUACGGUUCACCUACAAGGCUACAGCCACAAAGCCAGAGCAGGAGUUCGACGUCGUGGUGGAUGUGCUACACAGCUUGCUCGAAGUGAACGGCGCAAGCAACAUAGAUGGCAAGUACGAAGUUAAGGACGUUCGUGUGAAGACUCUGCAACAGUUUGUCAGGGAGCCAGUACAGUUCAGCUCCGACCGGACGCAGAGCGCUCUCUUUGACGAGAAGCUUAAGAAGAAAUUGUUGGAGUUUCUGUGCGCGUUGACGAGAACCGAGGCAUUCCAAGAUGCCUUUUUGAAUGUCGUCUAAGAGCCAACAAAACGUAUGCCUGGAAAGAAAGAGCAGAUCCACACUUCAUUUACUUCAUAAGCCCGAGGGCUUGUGACUUGACUCAUGAAUGAUGCUAUUACGAUUUUUAACGACUUCUGCGAGGUUUUCUACGGGCAUACAAGAUUAAUGUAUGCAAAUUAUUUUGCAAAUAAACGAGCGCUCGACGUA